AGAGAGAGAGGGAGGCAUCGCUCCAGAGUUACAGCAGACCUUCUCCACACUCGGAGGCUGACCCACAGUGCACUUUCUCUGGCUGAAGACGGAGGGACCUUUCCCCCUAAGAGAGGAGUGCAGCCAUGGAGGAGAUGCUCACCUGCAGCCGCAGCCCUUUCUCCCAGGUGUUCGGGCGGCAGGGUCAGCUCAUGCAAGCCACCGUGCAGUCUCUGAACAGCAUUAAUGACCAGAUUGCAAGCUUCAUUGUGACUGGACCCAAGCCUGUGGAGCCGGACCAGCCUGUGUUCGCUCCUCCUGAGAAGGAGCCGCUGCAGAAGUCCAUGACGCUGAUGAGGCACCUCCUCGUGGACGCACAGGCAAAAAUCCUGAAAAUGAUGGAUGACAACAAGCAGCUGGCUCAGCGCAUCGAUGGAGCCAUUCAGUCCGCCAGCCAGGAGGUGACCAACCUGCGGUCCGAGCUGAGCGCCACCAGCCGCAGACUGGCCGAGCUGGGGGCCACCGACUCGGGCAGCAUGCUGGAGACCCUGCAGCACAACCACAACGACCCCUCUUCCCACCCGAGGCAGAAAUCUCCGGCCACUGACCUCUGCUACAAGACUGAAAUCAGCAGUCUGAUGGACUUUAACUCCCCGGACGCUUCUCUGGACAAAGGCUGCCAGCUGCAGUAUGGAUCUCUGGUGUCCCCCAAGGAGCCCCCAGGGGCCCUUUCCUCAUUACAGUGUCCUGCUUAG